UUUGGUUAAGAAUGAGACGAAAAUUUUAUGGUUUGUGCUUGCUAAACUGAAAGGAUAUUCGGAACUAGAGUAUAGGGAUAUUAAAGUCAUCUGUGGAAAAUAUGAUAUAGAAGACAUUCAAUCCGAUAUACGUGUAGAAUUAAAAAUGGAUGAAGAGAUCCGCACUGAUAAUAUUCUUGUGACUUCCUUUGUUACCAAGCCGUUUAAAGACAUGUCCUGUUACAAAAUUGUUCUCAAAAAUUGGGCUAAAAAUACAUUUGUAUUGGAAAUCCAAAAAGAAGGACAAGAAACUUCGCAAUAUUUGUCAGAACAAAUAUCAGAUGGAGAUUUUGAAGGAAGUUCAGAUGAGGCAAAGGAAGAGCCGAUUGAAAAUAAAUCUAAACCAAAACUUCAAGAAAAAAUCCAUAUAAAUUUUUGUAUAAUUGAUACAGACAAAGAAAUGAAUAAAGUAUAUAAAUGGAAUAUUUAUGGAAUCAAUUUUGACGAAGAAUUAAAAGAAGAUGAGAUUAAUUACAUUGAAUAUGAUCCCAACUUUUCACCCAUGAAAUUGGAAGAUGCAAUUGUGCAACAUAAAAAACCCAAUGGGAAUACUCUUAAUGCAUGGCAAAGCUUUGUAAAAAUCCGCAAUGAUACUGGUGAUCCUAGAGCCACUUAUUGGAUUGGAUAUUACCUUCAGAAUAAUAAAAAGAUUCUCAAGGCUUCUAUUCAGUUUUAUAAGGAUGUCCUUGAAGGAACAAAAGACCUUCAACAAGCUGCAAUGAGAUAUUAUAAAGAAGCAGCUGAUUAUGGUGAUUCAAAUGGUCAACUUAGCUAUGGUCACGGUUUAUUCUUUGGAAAUGGUGUUCUUGAAGAUAAACGAGAGGCAAGAAG